UCCGCGCGCGCUAAAACGAGCUAACGUCCACGGGCAGAGACAAGCGUUCGGACUGGAUAAGACCGGAGAGCCACCGAGAGUCAGAAAACAAACUCCAGCGCCGGUUAUCCGUGGACCGGGAACUACGGUAUCAACCCCGAUAGGAUAACGGAUCUUACCGUGUUCCGCCUGGAAAAAAAACAAACAAACAACUUUUUUUUCUUGGGAAUCAGAGAUGUGGGUAGGCGGAGGGAGCAGUCAGGCUGGACCUUAGGUUUAUUUUACGGACCACCGCCACGCAACGUGGGGACCCUGCUGAACAACCGCUUUCUUGAAACGGAUUCACUUUUGGACGCUUCGGUGGACUGGAGACAACUUCUCACCGAGACUCGGAACCGAAUAUGUUGAAGUGGCUGAGUGACCGCUUUUGGCAGGAGCGUCUCUGGUUUCCAGAGGGUUUAGGGUGGGCGGACCUGGAGGACCGGGAUGGGCGGGUCUACGCCAAGGCACGGGAUUUGUGGGUGGCGCUACCGUUCGCACUCUUCUUCCUUGUGGUUCGUCAGAUCUUCGAGAGGUCUGUUGCUCGGUAUUUGGCCUCGUUACUUGGAAUAAAUGAAACCAUGCGAAGAAAAGCGGCACACAACCCAACACUGGAGUCAUACUACUGCAACACAAGCAAAUACCCAACACAGAGCUCUGUAGAGCAGCUCUGUAAACAGACUGGCUGGUCAGAGAAGCAGCUUCAGGGCUGGUUCAGACGGAGGAGAAACCUAGACAGACCCAACCUCAUGAAGAAAUUCUGCGAGGCCAGUUGGAGAUUUGUGUUCUAUCUCUUUGCAUUUGUUUAUGGUCUGGCUGCUCUUAUAGAUAAGCCCUGGCUAUAUGACUUGGAGGAGAUGUGGAAGGGUUUCCCUGUUCUGACACUACUACCCUCGCAGUACUGGUACUACAUGUUGGAGUUAGGUUUCUACGCCUCUCUUCUGUUCAGUGUGGCCUCAGAUGUCAAACGUAAAGACUUUAAGGAACAGAUCAUCCACCACGUAGCCACCAUCAUGUUGAUAAGUUUCUCCUGGUGUAUGAACUACAUCCGUGCAGGCACUCUCAUCAUGUUUCUGCACGAUUCUUCUGAUUACUUUCUGGAGUCAGCUAAGAUGUUUAACUACGCAGGGUGGAGGAAGAUGUGUAACUGCAUCUUCAUCGUGUUUGCUGGAUUCUUCAUCAUCACUCGGCUCGUUAUCUUCCCCUUCCGGAUCCUGUACUGUACGUGGGUGUACCCUGUGACCAUCUACCCACCCUUCUUCGGGUAUUACUUCUUUAAUGGGCUGUUGCUAUUGCUGCAGUGUCUGCACAUAUUCUGGGCCGCCCUCAUCGUCCGUAUGGCGCUGCGCUUCCUCCCUAGAAACGAGAUAGUGGAGGAUGAGAGGAGUGACCGAGAGGAAACAGACAGCUCAGAUGAGGAAGAGGAGGAGCAAAACGAAGUGACGAAGAGGAGCAAGCCAAUUCAGAAUGGCUAUGUCAGACAUAACAACAACCACCACAAGGCCGAAUAAUAUCAGAGUAAUAGUCAGUCACACUUGAAAAGAGAAAGAAAUCUGAAAUUCAUGACGCCGGUCCUCACGAGAGAGAAACCUUCCAAAUGCUUAGAAACUACUCUCUCUCUCUCUCUUCACACUUCCGAAUGAACAGUCAAACAUCUUUUCAGCACACACACAAAUACAAAGCCGGUGCACGUACACUACAUUACCAGUGCAAAUAUAUCCAACACACACAAAAUAACACUGAUAAUAUUGAUGGAGUUUCCCAUGAUUAGAUAUGCAGUGCCAGCCCCCUCUGAGAGAUGGGUGGUGAUUGUGUGGUGGAGGGGUGAUGAUUGUGUGGUGGAGGGGUGAUGAGGGUGAUACAGGGCUGGUAAGGCGGUCUUGCUGCUGUCUUCUACACAGGUGCCUUAUAAUUCUCUUAUCUUAGUCCUCUCCUGUGUUUUAUUUUAUUUUUUAAGUGUCUGGUCAUAUUUAAUUUUUUUAUAAGUUUCUUUUUUUCUGCUUCUAAUAUCUACAAUACCUACUCACUGUGUAUAUGCCAGUACACCUGCAGGCAAAGACGGGUGCUCCAAAUGAAACCCAAUAUGGAAGGCUAAGUGUUUUAAAUGGUUUUGGAACAAGAAAACUGCAGAUUUAUCUGCUUCGGUAUGGCUGAUGAAGCAGUAGCAGUGCCUAAUUACAGUCUUGUCUGUUUAUUUGUCAGCCUUGCUGAGACCUUCGGAUAUAUGCGCGUUAUAUCAUUUCCCAUGUCAUCGUUCCAGAGCAGACGACAGGGGCCCCCUGGGUGGACCCGUUUGCCAGGCUUCUCGGCGUGGGUUCACUCUGGCCUGCCGAAUGCAGUCUUGGCCAUAUGACCCUGCUCCUUUCCCAGAUCGCUUCUCUUCCUUCAAACAAUGCUGUUUGAAGUUUUUUUUUCUUUUAAACUAACCAUUUUCCAGAACCAUUUUUACUAGAGUGUCUGCCAGAGUGUCCAAUGGCUGCGUUUGGGGGGGGGGUUGUUAGGCUCGGGGAAGCUUCUGCCUACUCCACCCUGGCCCCAGACAGGCUUCUCCGAGCCUGACGACAUGACGUGCAUUGUAAUGUCUCUCCAAAGGAGAACAACCUGGAACAUUUCCAGACGGUUUCCUGUAAAAGGUACUGUAGUGUGGCAUUACCGUCAGUCCUUUUUUAAUUUUUUUCCCCCCAGACUCACAACAGCAGAACCACACCAAAGACUCACUGCCUCUAUGGCUGGUGUGCUGUUCCUCUUAUACCGAGGAUCUAGUUUUCCUGACCCUGUAAUACAUAAACCAUCCCCUGACACAGAACUUUUUGUGUACAGUCAUUGGCAAUUGCUAGUAAAACCCUAAACAGGAUAAUAUAAAGUAUUUUAACGCUCCAUAUGCAUAAGCAGAAGUGUGGAAUGCCUGACCUCCUUCUGCCCAGUAAGCAGCACACCGUGGGAGCGGCACCAUCCUCUACAUUAUGUGUUGCUCGUUGCAGUAGCUUAGCCACACAGAGGCAAACAAGGCCGUGCAAAUCCCGUCCAGUCUCCCGUACUCAUGGGAUUUCUUUUUUUUUUUUUUCCAUAUUGUGGAUGUGCAGGUUCUCUGCCAUUGGCUAGGGGGUGCUGCAGCCCGGUUCUGUGGCUGGUUUUGGAAGUCAUAUCACUCACGUGAUCCAGCAGACGUAAAUGAUUUUGGUCAAAACGCAACAGGCCGAUCUUUGGUCAUGUCAGACCCAGGGUGGAGGAUGCAGGAGGAGGAAGCCCAGUUGUCUUCCUGGCUAAUGUCAGGACCUGUACUUCUUUACACUUAUAUUCAUUACUUUGCAGCAGCAAAAGUGAACAAAGUUUACCUGGCCACGGAGCCUGUUGGCAAAUGACAACAAUAAUCUGUGUACAGCUUUGUGAUUUAUUCCAAUAUAAAAAUUGGUAACAGGUUUACAUUUUUUUUAUUUUAUUUUAUUUUAGUUUGAUGUUUUUGAUUCAUUCCAAGUUAAGAAAUUGUGAUUUUUAAGGUGAUUGAGCGAAUGCCUGACUGACUCUCACUUUACACGCUGCCCAGUGUGACAUGAUUUAAAAGACCAUGAAACAUGAUUCUUGUUAUUGUUUAUUAAGAAUGGCAACAAACUCCAGAGUGUGUAGACUUUAAAAAUCUUACUCUUAAUCCUGCAUUCUUUGAAAAGAAAAACGCAGAACUAAAAUAAUGCUAGAGAGCACCAUUUGAACAGGAAGACACGGAACUAAAAUAACGUUAGCACCAUUUGAACAGGAAGACACAGAAAUAACAUUAGCACCAACGUAGCCGUAAGUCAGUCAUCUACAAAGGCAAGAGUCUCACACUCAGGUGUGACGAGCUUAAACUUGUGCGACCAGUAGUUCUAAAGUCUGAUGACUAGCUGAAUAUAUAAAGGUUGAAAUGGCUAGCUGUGUAUACAUUGCAAGUUUUGUGGCAGUUUUGAGGUGCUUUUUUUUUUUUUGUCAGUUUCCCCCAACUGCUGCCACGGCUCUCAGAUUUCUGAAGGUCCAGCUGAGAAGCCCUGACCUGGGAGGAUGACGGCCUCCACUCGGUCUAUGCAGCCUGCCAUCACAGUGCUACCAGACAGACUCCUACUCUCUAAAUAAGACCGUAUCAUACUCUCUUAAUGGAUCUCUCUCCCUCCAUCUCUCCUUUUAACACGUUCAUAUCUUUGCAGAAUGAAGUACUGUUCUUACUUAAGUUUUACUUCUGACUCUGUUCUUCUACCGGGCCCCUUGGUUAUUCGUAUCGUUUCUUUGUUUUAACCUCCUCACUGCCCUCAAUGCACUGUUCCAGCGAUACAGCCAAACUCAAAUUACAGUGUUACCUUUUUGGGUUUUUUUCUGUGCAUUUUGUUUUCCUGAAAUGUUAAUAAUGAUGAAAAUAAUAAAGAAAAAAUGAG